AUGCGUGGUGCCUUUGACAUGGGCUCUUCAAGCGAGUCUCCGCCGUUUCUCUUUCAUGAAUCGUUAAAUGCCAAUUUAACGGGUGUGCGACGUGAAGGGGGAGUCUGGCAGUUUCGUGGCCUGCAAUACGCCAGCAUCCCUCACAGGUUUGCUUCCCCAAAGCUUACCACGGUCAGGACAGGCGACGUUGAUUGUACUUUAUACGGAUCAUGCUGUCCUCAAAAUCACGUAGACUUCCGUCAUCUGUUGCGCAUUCCUGAUGAUGAAUUCGUUCCGGAGCUACGGCAGGAUGAAUUCACAUGCUUGAAUCUCGACGUCACGAUGCCCGAGCCAGGCUCUGUGCCUGGUAUGAAGAGAGAUCUUCCUGUCAUAUUCUGGAUACACGGUAAGUGA